AGAAAACAGGAAGUGAGCCGUCAGGGAGUCUGUCUGGGGCUCCUAAGACCUGUUUGAGCCGGGGAAUGAAUGAGUUCUGGCGGAUCGCUUCUGAGGCGGGACUCCGGCACUGAGGAGUGAGAGGCUGGGCAGGCAGAGCAUCAUGGAGGACGACGCGCCGGUCAUCUACGGGCUGGAAUUCCAGGCACGGGCUCUAACACCUCAAACUGCAGAAACAGAUGCCAUUCGCUUCUUGGUUGGGACACAGUCUCUUAAAUAUGAUAAUCAGAUCCACAUCAUAGAUUUUGAUGAUGAAAAUAACAUUAUAAAUAAGAAUGUCCUCCUCCAUCAAGUAGGUGAGAUCUGGCACAUCAGUGCCAGCCCAGCAGAUAAAGGCGUGCUGGCCACCUGCUACAACAAAACUUCAGACAGUCGAGUCCAGGCGUGCGCAGCUGUGUGGAGGAUGCCCAAGGAGUUAGAAUCCGGUAGCCACGAGUCCCCUGAUGACCCUGCAAGCACUGCGCAGACCCUGGAGCUGCUCUGUCACCUUGACAACGGGGCCCACGGCAAUGUGGCCUGUGUCGUGUGGGAGCCGAUGGGUGACGGGAAGAAGGUCAUUUCCCUGGCGGACAGCCACAUUCUGCUGUGGGACCUCCAGGAGAGCUCAAGCAAGGCUGUGCUGGCCAGCUCAGCAGCACUGGAAGGAAAGGGGCAGCUGAAGUUCACCGCAGGGCGUUGGAGCCCACACCACAACUGUACUCAGGUGGCCACAGCAAGUGACACCACCCUGCGAGGAUGGGACACACGGAGCAUGAGCCAGAUAUACUGCAUAGAGAACGCUCACGGGCAGCUGGUGCGUGACCUCGACUUCAACCCCAACAAGCAGUAUUACCUCGCCAGCUGCGGAGAUGACUGCAAGGUGAAGUUCUGGGACACACGGAAUGUCACCGAGCCUGUGAAGACCCUGGAGGAGCACUCCCACUGGGUAUGGAGCGUCCGCUACAACCACUCUCAUGACCAGCUGGUCCUCACUGGCAGCAGUGACAGCAGAGUCAUCCUGUCCAACAUGGUGUCUAUCUCUUCAGAACCCUUCGGCCACCUGGUGGACGAUGAUGACGUCAGUGACCCAGAGGAGCACCAUGCUGAGAAGAGUAAGGCACCCCUUCAGGACAGCGUCAUCGCCACCUAUGAGGAGCACGAGGACAGUGUGUAUGCUGUGGAUUGGGCCUCAGCCGACCCAUGGCUGUUUGCUUCCCUCAGCUACGACGGGAGAUUAGUUAUCAACCGAGUCCCCAGGGCACUGAAGUACCACAUACUGCUCUAGUGGCCCAUGGCACUGCUGGUUGGAACUUAGCAGAUUCUCAGAGAUCUGCAGCUCCGAGGUAAUUCCCUUCGCAGACAGAUCCCUCCAUGGGAGAACCAGCAUUGCUUCUGCGGGAGCUCUAAGGGACACGGAGCUUCUGCCAGCAGCGCAUCUGAAGCUGUCAGCACACCACUCAGCAUGGGAGAGGAGCCACGCUGGACACAGCUGGCAUUCCUGCGGGAACUGAUGGCUGCCCAGGCUCUGCUCCCUCUCUGGUUUCUGUGCUAAGGGUGUUGGGAGGUUCACUUCUUGCCAGUGUGCCUCCACCUUGCUGUUCUCAUGAUAUUACAAAAUGAAAUAAAGGAAAUGGGAUGCACACA